AAAUUCAAAAAAGGAUCCGUAGGUAAGACUUACAUAUUAAAGUUUUUUUUUGUCACAAGAGAGAUCAUCAACUUUCUUCAUAGAGCCACCAAACUUACUACUUCCAUAAAGAGGUGGAGCGUGGGUCCGACGUGGCAUAUAGCCGUUACAGUCCCACACGGCCGUUUUAAUGCUUACGUGGCACUCCUUUUUAAAUUUUUCUUCUCCCAUAGCUGUUAGUAAUUAUUAUAUUUUAAA